ACAAAAAACCGAGUGCGGACGCUUCUGUUUACGAAAAAUUCUCUCGUGUCCAAAGUGUUUAAUUUUGUUCAAAACAUUUUCGUUUAGAGUGGUGUCUUAUCUUUUCUAAGGAAGUGUAAGGGUUGUGCAAAGUUUCCGGGUAUUGUCGAGGAGGAAAAUGGAUCCAUUCACGAAGGGUAUACUUGAACGGGCAGAGCAGCGCAGCAGAACGCUGGGAAUAAGUAAAUCGACGAAAUUUCCGCUCGCCGAGUAUGAACAAAAGGCAAACCAGCAAGCUGAGCAACGGCAGCAACUGAUUGCGAAGCAGAAAAGUGAUCGUGAGUCGGCGAGCGGGUCGCCGACGAAGGUCGUUCGCAAUUACUCCGUCGAUAAGGAAAAUAUGGACGUUGGAAUUGAAAUUAACAUAACGACCGAUAAAAACGUUGAGGUUCAAGUGGAAGUGGAGGAGCGUGAGGUUGACGAGGAUGGAAAGUGUGUGUCGCGUGUUGAUGAGCCCCAGGCCAAAAUCCGGGACUGCUCGCGUAACCGUCUGCAACGCCUGGGGGCCCUCUACUCGGAUACCGAGAAUCUAUCGUCGCCAAUUCAUCGAACUGAAGCGCAAUUUCACGAGGAGGAGGAUCGAUCACAAGAAUCAAGUUCAAGGAGACCUAAGCACAAAUUUGGCAAAUUGGCCGCCUUAGCCGACUCAAUAAACACUUGGGAAGACGACACAUCUCAUCCAGAUUACAAGGCAAGCGGCGUUGCUGAGAAAAGGGUAAAGUCGAUUGCGCCGGCGCCUCCGGCUAGUCCUCAGAAAAAAAUCACUACCCCAGCUGCUUCCACAUCGAAAAGUCCAGCGAAGAAAGUAACUAAAUCGCCGAGCAGAGAGUCGAGUCCAGUAAAAAAACUUACUAAAUCUCCCGGCAAAGAUAUUCAGUCGAGUUCGGAAAGCAUCUCAAAAUCUUCAAAGUCCGAUUUACAGGAAAAGAAAAUGCAGUGGGAGAGGUUGGUCAUGGCGGAGAAGGAACGCGCCGCGGCUACAUCACAGCCAAAGACUACAAAGGACAAGAAAUUGCAAUGGGACAAAACUGUUAUUGACUCCCUGGAGGCGCAGGGGUUCCAACGUCGCGAAUCUGACCAGACGAAAGUCAGCUACAGUUACUCCAAAGAGGAAAAGAGAACUGAGAUCAGUACAACUAAACAUCAACUGGUCACCAAUGGAUCCGCCGAACCUAAAAUUGUAGCCACGCAACAAAAAGAGACAGUAGUGAAGGAAACUUUCCAAUCGAGACCCCAAACGGUUGAUAAAACCAAAAUUCCGAACGUUCGAUCAGGCCUGGUAUCGGGUCGAGCUGCAGUUUUCGAGAGUAAGACAGCCGCUCCGCCUCAACCUGCAAAGCCGCAAAAGGAUCCAGCUGAAAUGUCGCUUAAGGAGCGAGUGUUGUUCUUCGAGAAGAAUAAAAGUGAAGCGUUGGUGCCGAAAGCAGCGUUCGCAAUGUCAGUUCCGGUUUCGAAAAUAUCGGACGAGGUGAAAAGUGUGGAUGAAAGGAAGGAGAGGUUUGAGCAUGCAGAACCGACGAAACAGAAAGCAUCUGCCUUCAGGAAAGAUCUACCAGAAGCGAGGAGUACCAAGAAAAUGAUGGCGCCACCACCGCCACCUCCAUUGCCACAGUCACCAAGCGAACAAACGUCUGAUGUGAAACAGUCGUCAAACCACAAACGUCGAAGUCCUGGAUCUAUUUACGGUAGUCGGGAGGAUCGAGAUGCUCUAUCAACGUCAGACGAAAAACGAAUUAAAGUGAAUCCAACAAGCAAGCCAGGUCGUCUGUAUCCCGUCCUCUCCGACAUCGAACUCACUUCAGAAUCAGAUAAUGAUAAUUGUACGUCGGCAACAAUAUCAGUACGUUCUGGUGCCGAGGGUAGUGGCGGCGACAAGCAAAAAUUCUAUCGUGAGGACAUCAACAGUAUUGAAGCGGCAGCGGAAGAAGAUGAAACUGACGAAGAAGACGAAGAGGACGACAGCAAGAAGGAGUUAAAUGAAAGCUUCAUGGAAUCAGAAGACAGUGAAACAGGAAUAUGCAACGUAAGCUUAGGACGUGAAAUAAUGCAAGUCGUUCAAACGAAUGAAGCUCUACAAAACUCGGCACGAAAGCAGAAUAAUAGGUAUGGAGGUGAAUCGAACGGCGACGCUUAUUACGGAGGCGACAGUUCGUUGAAUAGUGGUAUGACUUCCGAUGGUUCGGCAGAUGUUGAUGAUUAUUUGGAUGAAGCAUUGGAGGACGAGAGCGAAAGUGAAACGGAUUCAUAUUCAAAGCAAAAUGUUAAAGGUACCAUGAAUUCAAAUAGUUUCUCGUACAAGAAACAGCCAAAGAGCCACGUACAAUACAAUACGAUUUCAGAGGAAGAGGAGUAUCGAUGCAACGGACGACAAGUUAAUUUUAAGAGCCCUGUAAAAUCAGCCCUCACUGUAAAUCCAUCAGAUGAUGAUAACGUUGUGACAUUGGUUCACACUGUUAGCUUUUACCGGCGGCAACAAUCGUCCAACAGCAACAAUUCAACACCGGUUCGUCGCAUCCAACGCGAACAAAUUUCGCCAGCAUCAAAUGAUCAUCGAAUGGACAGUCAAGAGUAUGAUGAAGAUCCUGAUACAGACCAAGAAAAUGCUUAUCUUACUCAGGAGAAAAUCAAAAAGUUAUUGGAUGAAGUAUGCAAACAACAACAAGUUAUUGCCCAAACUAGCCAAGCAUUGAAUUUAUGCGCUGCUACAAUUGAAUUCUCUGGUUCAACGGAGUCUGUUGAAGGCGAAAGACAUUUGCUGGUUGCAACGCAUCGCCGUCAAGCUGCACUGGACGAAGUACAACGUUUACGUGUGGAAGGCACCAUUCGACCACAUGGCGCACCAAAAGAAAAAGGUCGGUUGACUGUACGCGAAGUAACCGUGCCUUUACGCCAGGAUUAUGUUCGGAAAUUGUCAGCCGACGCAAUUUCAGGCCAUCACCUUGUCUGCCUACUCAAAUACAAUGAAAAUGUUUUGGCCACACGAACAAUCCCCACAUUACCCGGUCUGACGGCUGUGAAAUUUCCCGAUGUACUUCAAUUAAAUAAUGUUUAUGCUGAUUUUAAGAUCACAUUAGAAAUAUACGGAAUGACAGCGCAACGUGAAGUUUUACCGCAUGAAGUGAAAUACCAUAUUAAUGUGAAUAAGAAAUCUGGCGGAAAGACACCAAAGAAGAAGGGAGCGGAAUCGAGACUUGUUAUGCCAAUGGUACAAUCACCAGCUGGUCCUAAUGUCGUCCGAACGCCGGCAUUAGUUCAAUAUGGUUUCGCAAUAUUUUCAUUACGAGAAAUUCAAAGGAGCACAUGGUCCUUAACACCGGUUUCAGGCGUUAGUCCACUUGAAGGUGUAAUUCACAUGAAAAUCAACUGCGAGCUAUCUGUCUCUGUCGAAUAUAAAGGAUUCCUAACAAUGUUCGAGGAUAUAUCAGGAUUCGGUGCAUGGCAUCGUCGUUGGUGCCAUCUAAAUGGUCACGUACUCAACUAUUGGAAGUAUCCCGACGACGAGAGGAAAAAAACACCAAUGGGUUCGAUUGAUUUGUACUCGUGCUGUUCCACGAAAGUAACAACGGCACCGCGUGAUGUAUGCGCUCGUUUGAAUACGUUAUUGCUGGAAUGUCAACGGCCUGCAGAACCAACUGAUGUCGAAUCACUGAUAAUUGUACCGCGUGGAAAAACAACGAUUGUAAGGCAUCUUCUGUCGGCUGAUACGAAAGAGGAACGCGAAGAAUGGGCUGCAUACUUCACUAAAGCAAUUACUUUGAUACGUGCCUGGGGAUCGCAAAAUUAAAAUGUUCAAAUGCAAUUUAGACUGUUUGACAGUGCAAAUCGGUCUUAUUUCGUAUUAUUUAUAACAAUAUAUUUAAAUGUUAAUUAAGUUGAAAAUAUUCGCUUUAUACGUAUUUUAACCUGAAGAAUCUAGGACAUAUAAUAAAGCUGGUCAUUAUGCGAAAAGCAUAUCCGUUAAGUGAUUAAACUUGGAACAAUAGACAUAUAUUUUCAUUUUAUUUAAUACAUAGAUUCCCAAAUUCUAUGGACGACUUUUCUUGAUAGGCCACGGAACUGAAUGUUGUUUCUUUAUGAUAUUUUUAAAUUUCCUUAAAGACAAAGCUACAGAAAACGUCCUCAACAAUUCCUUGUACAAGAAAGUAACUUAUUCCUAACCCAAGUUGAGAAUCACGCUUACGACUCUUGGCCGUGUACUUCAAAACUCGCAACAGCUACUCGGGAAGUUUAAGCGUCCGGUAUAUAAAAUAUCCAUAAACAACCGAAAUGGCUUUUGCUUCUAAUCCGUAAUUUCCAUUUCUAAUAAUUCGAAUUGUUUUGCGAGCAAAGUGCCACUAUUUAAAAAAAUCCAGCCCAUGUAUCUGCUCUAUUUAAUGUUUUAUACAAAUAUUCUUUGUGUCAUAUCAUGUAUAUUAUUAAAGGAACUAAUCUGAAAAAAUUGUAUGACAUGUUAAAAAAUGAAAUAUAAAUCCGAUAAGUAUUUUUUCAUAUUAUUCGCAGGAAUGAGCAUUAGUUCGUUGUUGUUUUUCCUUAAUAUUUAACAGUACCCAAAAACAAAAAAAUUACAAAGUGCUCCGGCAUUUUAUAGUCACAUUUACAUUGUAUAUAGCUUUAUAUAUUUUUUUUUUAUCCCACAUUAUGAAAUAAAAUGAGAAAUUCAUAACCUGAA